UGGGCCUCUCAGGUUCGCCCGUUGCUUGGGCCGCAAGGGGACUUGGUCACUCGCGCCGUCUCGCGCGCGCAGGGCCGGUCGGCCCUCGAAGCCUGCGCCCGCCUGCCCACCGGUCCCCUCCGCGCGCGCGGCCCAUCGCUCGCUGCGGCAGGGCGCGCGCGCCCGGCCUAUAUCGGCCGCGGGGUCUGUGUGUCUGUCCGUGUAUCGCGAUGGAUGGAUCGGUAG